CGUGUUUGCAUGCCCUUUCGUUUUCACCUCCCGACCCUCCGUCAGCUUGCGGAGAUCGUGAUACGCCGCUGUUAAGAUGCCGGCCGGUCAUGGUCUGCGAUCCCGCACCAGAGACCUGUUCUCCAGGCCCUUCAGGCACAAAGGGUACAUCCCCUUGACCACCUACUUGCGCACCUUCAAGGUUGGCCAAUAUGUAGACAUCAAGGUGAACGGAGCCGUCCACAAGGGAAUGCCCCACAAGUUCUACCACGGGCGCACCGGUAUCGUCUGGAAUGUCACCAAGCGCGCAGUUGGUGUCGUGAUGAACAAGCAGGUCGGGAACAGGAUCAUCCAGAAGCGUCUUCAUGUGCGCAUUGAGCACGUGCAGCCUUCACGCUGCCGGGAAGAGUUCCUCGAGCGGCGCAAGAGCAAUGACCUUAAGAAGGCCGAGGCGAAGGCCAAGGGUGAAACCGUGAACCUCAAGCGUCAGCCUGCUGGGCCUAGGGCCGGAUUUGUUCUCGACUCGUCAACUCUAGAGACUGUCACUCCCAUUCCUUACGAUGUUGUUAACGACCUCAAGGGAGGAUACUAAAUUUGUCUCGUACAGUGGACGAUCAGACCUGUACCUUUACUUUUUGAAUACAAGGUUUGAGUCUAAUCAAUUUUCUGCAUUA